AAGAGGAAGAAGAACCAGGAACGAAGAGCAACGUUGUCCCUGACCACAGCUAUCCUGGCGCCGAGAAGGAAAUCGAGCGGCUCGUCGAGGCACAGCCGCGAGACGGUGUCUUCACGACACAGCAGCACUGCACCCGCGCAAUUCAGCUCGCCCGAUGACCUGCCGUCGCCCCCCUACAAUGCCGCAAUGGAGGCGCUGCGGCGGAUGCGGCCCCCGGCCAAAGGUGCAACGCCGGUCAGCGACCCGGACAGCAUGCUUCCGUGCGGCCACCACGUGCACGCGAUGCUGGUCGCAUGCUAUGGCACCCUGGCCGCGGGCACCGCACUCGGGUUCGCCUCGGCUGCCAUGGCGUCCAUUGAACGCCAGUCCUGGUACGACCUGCCGCGUGUGCCGCCUCAGAACAGGUGGAUCGCCGACAGCCUCUUCCUGGGAGCCACCAUGGGCGCUCUGUCCUCGGGCUUGGUGCUGCAUAUGGUCGGCUACAGAACAAGUAUGUUGCUCUCUUCAGCCGGCCUAAUCAGCUCGUGGAUAUGCAUGGCCUUGGGAAGCAGUGUGAGCAUGGUGCUGGUCGGCCGGGUAGCUUGCGGUCUCUUUGUGGGUGUUGUUGCCAACUGCGCCUGCCUCUAUAUCGCCGACGUCGCGCCUCCGGCCAAGAGAAGCACCUACGGAGGCCUUCCGGAGGUUGCCACGAGUGCGGGAAUUCUGACGGCUUACUUAAUGGCUGGAUUCCCGUGGGAAGUGCAGGCAGGUGGUUGCGCUCUCGCUGCUAUUCCCACGCUUGCGCUGCAGCGCUACAUUAUCGAGAACCCACGCUGGCUUCUGGCGCAAGACCGCUUUCUCGAUGCUGACACGGCCGUGGUGCGCCUCUACGGCAUCGACCCUCCACCUGAAUUCCGGCAACACAAAGGCAAUGAACUCACACAGCAGCAGGGCACCGCAGCUUCCUACCGAUGGCCGAAGGAAACCAGGAAUAUGACGGCUUGUCUGCUACUGCACCUUCUUCAGAACAUCUCCUGCGUCCAUCUAUGCCUGCUGCGUGCUCUGCAAGUGACGGGUGCUUCAAUGACUGAUGCGCCCCCGCAGGCUUUCGCCGUGAUACUACUUGCCCUGCACAUUGGUUUAGCCACCUUAGCGACGUUUAUCACGAAGACGGUCAGUCGACGGGGGCUCCUUGCCCUGUCGUCCGCGCUCGUCGCCGGCGGUUUGUCUAUAUUGCGACCGCUUGAUCACGUCGGGUUCAGGUGAGCUCCUGCCAGCAAUACGGCUUUCGCCGCGCUCAACUCCCUGUAUUAUAGCGUGUUGCAACAACUUUGUGACGUACGUAUGCUCAAAUCGCCUGAAACGAGACGCUUUCCUCUUAUUUGACGAAUGUUGCCCACGCGCAACAUACCAGACAAUAAGAGUUUCUUGCUGAGUUGUGGCAUUGAUUAUGUGAGCUUCUGGAUAAAUAUCUUUGGCCGAUACUUACUGACCGGCAGCAAGCACGUUUCCUUGGUUUAUAGCAGGAACACAGGACGAAGCAGAGGAAUUUUGGCACACCAGUCGCUUUCGUUUGGAAGCACGGUCAGAG